AUGGGAAUGCUACGAGGAAUGCCGGUCGCAGCGCAAGGCGACGGAGCUCGAGACAUCGACUCGCUCAUCGCUCAGCUGGUUCGGUCUGGGUCCUCGUGGGAUGCUGAGCUGCUCUCAAGCGGCCCAUGGCUGGCUCUCUACACACAGGGGAAGCCUCCUCGCUGGCAGCGCCAGGCCCAGUGGCUGCCGUGGGCGAGGAACGUGGCCUCGCAAGACUACGACGUGGGAGGGGGGCGAGUGAGGAACAGAGGAGAGAUCUGGGGGUCGCGAGUGUUCGUGACAGUGGAAGGAGAGCUGCAAGAGCUUCAGCCUGAGAGAACCUUCACCCCCAAGAUGUUCCAAGCUGGCAUCCAGUCCGGCACCCUGCACGUCUUGGGCCUAGAGAUUCCUCUCCCGAUCAGAGGUCGAGGCUUCGCUAAGCUUCUGUACCUCGAUCGGAAUGUUCGUAUCUUCCAGAGCCCCAAGGAGUCAGAGUCGGAGUGGGAGGAGGAAGGGCUGGUAGUGGUGCAGGUUCCAGCCUCUGCCUUCUCCUUCACUUGA